AUGGGCAAGGUCAAGACUCUAAGCAACACGAUUCCUGGCUUUACUGCUCUCACACCAUCAAUAUACGAGCACGAACCGUCCUUCGCCUACGAACCCUCUUGUUCACCCAAGAAGAACACAGAUGCGCCAUCACUCAUCCUGCUCUGCUCAUGGACUGGCGCAAACAGUAGACAUGUUGCGAAGUACACCGCGGAAUACCAGAAACUCUUCCCGUUCACACGCAUCAUGAUCAUCACCACAACAGCAAAAGAUCUGUGUCUCCGCCACUCAAAAGGGAAGCAGGAGCGCUUACGGCCAGCCGUAGAACGAAUAUCCAGCCCCGGAUACGUCAUCACCAGCGCCAACGACGCAGGCAUCUUGAUGCACGUCUUCUCCGAGGGCGGCAGCAACAAGGCUUGCGAAUUGGCUGAAGCAUAUUACACCACUACGGGCGAACGCUUACCCGUCUCUGCAUUAUGCCUCGACAGCACACCAGGCCACCCACGCUAUCUACAUCUCUGCAACGCACUGAACAAGUCGAUUCCUCAGAUUCCGGUGCUGCGGCACACUGACUUGGUCUUUGGCAGUGCAGUGCUUGGAGCUAUCUGGGUGACAUAUUGCUGUGUCAAAGGCUUCGAGAAGAACGUCAUUACGAGGACGAGACGACGCUUACUUGACGAUAUCCACUGGGACCUUGCAACGUCGCGGUGUUAUCUGUAUUCCAAGGAGAAUGCGCUCAUUGCUUGGCAGGAUGUGAAUGAACAUGUGUGUGAGUCCAUGAAAAUGGGCAUUCCGACUAGGGAGGUUUUGUUUGAGGGAGCCGGCACGUUGGGCAUGCAAGGUAAGACACGUAACGGUAUUGGGGUGCAGUGA